AUGCCAAUUUCAAAUACACGAUUACCUUUACCGAAUUCUAUCAAUAAUAUGAACAAAAAUUAUAAAUCAAUAAAUAAUGCACAUGAUAUUACUGUUAAUCCUGAAAAUAAGAAGAAAUCAUCAUUUGAAAUGGCACUUGAUAAUGCACGACAUGUUCCACCACCAAAUACUAUCAAUCCAAUUAUCAUCCAUAGGUUUGUCAAAUCUACCGGAACUACUAUACCACCAGAUCAAAAAACAACCUCAUAUUAUAUUAAUUAUGAUGAUGAAGGAAGCAACAGUAAUGGCGAUAAUAAAGAUUGUGACAAUAAUAAUAACAAUAAUCAUGGUGAUGAUAUUAAUGAUGGUGGCAACAACAAUAAUAGUGAUAAUGGUGACGAUGAUGAUGACGAUGAUGGUGAUGAUGAUAACGAUAACAUUUAUAAUAAUAAUGAAUACGACGACAAUGAAGAAAGUAGUGAUUUAACAUCACAUGAUGAAUAUCAUACUACUGCUAAUAAAGAUAUUGCUUAUCGUAUUGCUGCCAGUCUGUUAACACCGGUAAGAACGAUAAAAAGUGCUGCUAUUAGACCGGGUCCGGUAUCUACUCAUCGUAAUUUUCAACAACGUUCGGAAGCACCGAUUGCUAAAGUUACUUCUACCGUCUUAUAUCCUCCAACAACUAUUAUCACUUCUUCUACUAGUGAUAUAAUAAAUGAUAAUAUUAUUACGAUUAUGAUUACUGCUACUACUGCUACCACUAUCACUACAACAAUAACAACAACAACUACUACUACUACUACUGCAACAACAACUAUCACUUCUAAAUUGCAAUUUAUUCCUGUUCCUAUUAAUAUGUUAGUUCCGGAAUGGAAUACAACCAUAAAAGAUUCAAAAUUAUCAAUUCAACAUAAAAAUUACACUCUUAACAUUGGAAUUAUUGAGCAAGAUCCAAACAAUCGACAAAUGAUACGUAAUGGAUUAAUUAAAGAACUCAAAUGUUUUCAUUACUUUGCUAAUAACCAAUUGAAUGAUUAUCAGCAAGAAAUAAUUAAGCAAAUUGGUUUGCAAGAUUGUUUGCAUAACUGCAUUUUGCGUACCGCAUUCUUAUGUUUGAGUAUUAAUUACAAUAAGCAAACUAAAGAAUGUAUGUUAAAUGAUGGCAAUCGAAUUAUCAAUAAUGCUCAAUUAAUUCCGUCUAAAUCAAUAGAUUAUUAUGAAUAUAUAAGAUUAGAAAAUAUUGCAUCACAUUGA